UACUUCUAUAGAAUUGAAUUCUAUCGAUGUACCAUCAUCGAAAACUCCUUCUUCGUGCAAAUCCAAAAAUGAACGUAUCUCAAAACAAAUGGUGUUGAAUAGUAAACUAGAAUUAUUAGGAGCAGAUAAAGCUAUAAAGAUACCGAUAUGAUUAAAAGAAGGAAAGCAUCAAAGUUACCGGUACAAAUCAAUGAAGAUGAAGAUACUAAUAACAUAUCAAAAAGCAAUACUUUGAAUGUUAAAGAGAAAAAAGAAUACGAUUUAUCCCAAGAAAUGAAUAUGAAACAAAAGGUAAAACAGAAGAGCACAAAAAAGUGUCAGAAAGUUAGUAAACAAAUAAGUGUUUCAAACAUGAUUCUCAAAUAUAAUGCGAAAGCAUAUAAAUAUCAAAUUCAGCAGUUAAAUCUAUUGUUCAAAAAAUCUUUAAAAUAUCCAAUGCUUACACAAGAUGAAUUAUAUAUGUUAUUUGCAAAAUAUAAAUCCGAUGGACAUUAUAAAAUUAAUAAGAACUUACCACCAUUUACGAGCCUUCUUGUUAAUACACGUGAUAUGUUUAAAGAAAAUCAUUGUUAUAAUCAGUUUUCUGAUAUACAAAAAACAAAGCCUGAAAACAAUGGGGAAACAAUUGCAAAUUCAUAUUCUAACACCUUUAAUAGAAAUCAACAUGUAGAAGAAAAUCCAAAGGUGUAUGAAAUUCUGCAAUCAAAUGUAAAACAGGAUGUACUGAAAUGUACAGAAACCCCUCAAGUAAAUAAUAUAGACAGCAGAAUACAAAAUAAAUAUCUUUAUAAUGAUCAGAACUUCUUACACAGUAGCAAUUAUAAUCAUUUAUGUAUGAACUACAAUAUGCAAUCAUAUAAUAACUUAGAUAUAUUAAAUGAUAUACAGUAUUGUGCUCAAUCAAAAGUAGACACUAAGAAAGUUUCUGAUGCAGAAAAGAAACAAUUUUCAUGCAAUUUAAUAAAGUCACAAGAUAUUGCCUCUGAAGAACAUCAAAAUUGCAGAUAUAUGAAUAAGAAUUUACUUUGUAACAUACCUGAUACACAAUAUGAAAAUUUAACCAACAGUGAAAUUCCACAACAAAAUGAUAUACACUAUUCAUUGCAGUAUAACAAUUUUUCAUUGAGUCCAAACUUUUACAAUGAUUGCUAUUUAAAUAAAUGCAAUAAUGUGGCUCCUAUCAAUAAUAACAAUAAUUAUCAAUCAAAAAAUGUACAAUCAAUUUGUAUUCCUCACAUCAAUAAUUUAGAAUCAUGUCUUGAUAUGAAAAAUUUGGUUGCUCCUCAUCAGUUGCCAUUGGCAAGAAAUCAUUUAGAAGAACAAGGUAAUUUAAACUUACCUAUUCGUACAGAGACAUAUUCUGUGUUGAGCAACAAAAAUUUGCCAUAUGUUUCCAAUGAAAAUGUCAGUAAUAUUCAGGCAGAUUUUAAUGCUUACAAUACAAAUUCAACUGUGAUCUCAGAUGAUAUUCUGUCACAAACAAACGCAUUUAAUCCAUUGCAUGCUAAUAUGGCCAAUCAGUACAACUAA